AUGUGUCGGCUCAAAGAGUGGUUUGUGGCUUGGUAUGGGAUUCGGGUUUUGGGUUGGGUUUAUUUAGGCUGCGAGAUGCAGGUGGAUCGCAGCACUCACAGGGCUGCAGCUCAGAUGGACGUUGCGUUGUUGCAAGACUGGCGGAAGGAACCGCGGCACGCGGAGACAUUUCUACGGACGUUUGCUGGCAAACCAUCGUUUUUGUUUUCAGUUUUGCAGGAGAUGCUCGUGUUUCAAGUGGAAGUGUCGGUGUGGCAUUACAAUGCUGCAAUAUCCAGAUGCAGGAAGCCGGAUUCGUGGGAGCUUGUACUGCAGCUGCUGAAGCACAUGAGGAGGCAGCUCACAAGCCCCAACAUAAUCAGCUUCAGUGCUGCCAUCAGCUCUUGCGAAAAAGGAUCCCAAUGGCAAAUGUCCUUGAACCUCCUAGAGCAGAUGCCCACUCAUGCGUCUCUGCCGAAUGAGAUCAGUUUUAAUAGCUCAGUCAGUGCAUGUGUGGGGCGGUGGAAGGACAUCAUGAACCUACUUUCUGCCAUGCCCGCGGCAAGGGCUGUGCCCAAUGGCAUCAGCUACAGUAGUGCAAUCAGCGCAUCGGGACAGUGGCAGCUGGCCACUGGCCUCAUGGACUGCAUGGGUGCGGCCACUCUUCCGCUUGAUGUUAUCAGCUACAAUAGCACCAUAAGCACUUGUGAGAAGGCUGGGCGCUGGCAGCUUGCUGUUCUACUGCUGGCGGACAUGGCAGCUGCCCGCUCCAAGCUUGACGUUAUCAGUUGCAGCAGUGCCAUCAGCGCUUGCGAGAAGGGCUCGCAGUGGGAGCUAGCAGUGCACUUGCUGACAGACAUGGGCAGGCAGCUCAUUCGUCCAAGCGUCAUUAGCUACAGCGCGGCCAUUAGCGCGUGCGAGAAGUGUGGCGAGUGGCAGCCGGCACUUCAACUAUUGCAAGAUAUCCGCAUCGCGAAAAUUAGUCCAGACGUAAUUGCUUGCAGCAGUGCCAUCAGUGCUUGCAAAGAUUGUGGUCAAUGGCAGGUCGCAGUGCAAGUGCUGGGAGACAUGCCGGUCAUGAAGCUCAUGCCGAAUGCGAUGAGCUAUAAUGGUGCCAUCAGUUCUUGUGAGAAAAUCGGAAAGUGGCAGGUUGCGCUUCACCUGUUGUCACAAAUGCCGCAGAAGAAGCUCGUGCCCGGCAUUAUCACCUAUAGUAGUGCCAUUAGUGUAUGUGGAAUGGCUGGCGAAUGGCAGCUGGCUCUCCAGUUGCUGGAAGUCAUCCCUGGCAAGCGCGAUGUGAUCAGCUACAACAGCGCCAUCACAGCUUGUGAGAGAGGUGGACAGUGGCCACUGGCUCUUCAGAUCUUGUCGGGCAUGCGCAUCGAGGUCGCACCAGAUACGAUCUCAUACAGCAGUGCUAUCAGUGCUUGUGAGAAAGGAAGGGAGUGGCAAAUGGCCCUGCAGCUGCUAAGCUGUGCCAUCACGGCGGAUGCAACCCCAAGCAUCAUCACCUACAACACCACCAUUGCCGCCCUGGCUGAGGGAUCUCAGCCAUCUCUCUGCUUGCAACUGCUUGCCAAGAUGAAGGAGUCCCGAGUUGUCCCGGAUGUUGUUACGUAUAACAGCACGAUGGUCUCUUAUGAGAAGAGAGGUCAGUGGCGUGCGAUGCUUGACGUCCUCGUUCAGAUGGCUGCUGAAGACUUGCUGCCCGAUGUCAUCACGUACGCUAGUGCUCUCAGCAUAUCUGCAAAAGCUGCGCAGUGGGAGCUUGCCCUUCAGCUGCUGUCGGACAUGCCGACCGCAGAAGUCCUGCCCAAUGUAACCUGCCUUGGGAGUGUGAUCGAGGCAGUCAAUGCAAGCUCUCGGGCAUCUCCGGAAUUCAUGAAUUUGCUCAGAGGCCUCCAAGUGCUUCAAGAAGAUUGGCAGACCUGGUCCCUUGUGCAUGGCGGUGAACAAAGAGCGUUUCAUGCCGCGUUUCGAUGCUUGUGA